UAUUGGUGUUUGAUUUAGGAAUGAGAACAGCAUAUUAGUACUUCCCAUAGGAUGGCAACAGCAUUUUCCAGUUAUCUCUAGCUGCGUGUGGGAGAUAAAAGCGAUGCAGAUGGUGGUAUGAAGGAGAGAACAAUGAAAGGACCAAGAAGAGCUGGAGAAAAUGCAGAGUGCUGAUUCCUUUUGCUGAAGAUGAUUCAGACAUGGGCAGUUCAGGCUGCAAUCCUUUUCUUGAUGAUCCAACUGAUUGGAGGGUCAGCUUAUAGAAGCGUGAAUGUGGAGGCUGGUCAUGAGGCUGUGUUGAAUUGCCCAUCAAUCUCCGAGCUGUCUUUGCUAAUGGUGACAUGGAAGAUGAAAUCCAGCACUUCUUGCUUUUUAGCUUAUAGAAGGGAUCUCAAUGAGUCAAGAAUGUUAAACUGCAGUGAGAGGAUGAUGUGGAUAUACUCACCCAAUCACGACCUAGCUCUACGUAUUUACCCUGUGAACCUGAAUGACGAGGGAAAUUACACCUGUGAAAUUGUCAGCAGUGAGGGGAAUUUUCUUUUUUUCUUUUCUCUGACUGUCAUAGUCCCUCCUACAUUGUCUUUGACCUCUGACAAGAACGGAGAGGCUGUUUGUCAAGCUAUUGCUGGAAAACCAGCUGCCAAAAUCUCCUGGAUCCCUGCAAGUAAUCACAGUGUUGAGAAAGAUGUCCACCACCUCAAUGGAACAGUGACCAAGGUCAGCUACAAAGCUGGGUCAACAGCACACAUCCUAAUGUCACCCGCCUGGUUACCCACCCAGCUGUGAACCAGUCUCUCUCCCUAGAUCUGUCAGAUGAUUCCUCCAGGCUCCAGUAUCUCCAGAUUGGACUGCCUGCAAGUCUUGCUGUUGUCUGUGGUGCCGGAGUGACAUUAUGUUUGAUUUUAAGGUGCAGGGCUUCCCAGCUACAGAAGAAGGCACGUCAGUCACCAGUACAGACUGUGACUGAAAACUUCGGAUUCACAACUUUACAGCUAUACACACCUGUAAUGGGCCCUUAUGUCUCACCAGAGGAAAUCUAUCAGAAUUAUAAACCACAAACUACACUUAUGAGCUAAUUAACCAUGUAGGCACCAGCAGUCUAUACAAGCUCAACUAUUAAUUAUACUCGGUUACUUGAGCCUGUCCUUGAUCUAGCAAAUCUCUUAUGCACAGCAGGACAGCAGAAUACUCUAAACUGACCAAGAAAAGCCUUUCUCCUUCCUAACAUGAGGGGAGCCAGUGGAGCAGCCUGUUUAAGUCACUGAUUCCUCUCUUUCUGUAAAUAUCAGUACAGUUGUUAAAACAUUUGAAACAUGUAAAGGCUGAGGUGGAGAAAUACACAUUUGAUUUUGAUUAGAGAAUAGGUUCUGAGGUAUGUGCCGUUUCCCCUCACAUCUGUAACUGAUACAUUUAUGUGACAGAGGAAAAGGCUUGCUGAAAAUAUAUCACUUCUUUGUAGACCACCUUAGCAUCUAGAUUCUCUUUCCAUUCUCAAAAUGGAAACCAGGAAGUGCCAUAAGGAGCCCUAAAAAAAAAAAAAAAGACAAGAUGAUCUAUCUGAAAGAAAUACAGGAAUAAGAGUUUUUUUAUAGGUAGAUAGUUACAUGUGGCAGAUGAAAAUCUGGUAUUUUUCAACCUUUUUUUUUAAAGU